AUUUGGUUUAUUCGAAAACCUUUUUACACCAGUGUGUAUAUAAAAAUAAAUAAGAAACAUUUAUGUAAAGAUUUAAAGUGUUUUUUAUUAUGUGAUUAUGCUUAAAUCAUAAUUUUGAACAUUCUACAAUGUUGUAUAAAGCAUUACGGAUGUAUAAAUUCAUCGUACAAAGGUAAAGAACCGCAGAGGUGUAUAUUGGGUCAUAGUUUUCAUUAGUCAAUAUGUCAUUUAACAGAAAUUGAGUAUUAACGAUGAAAGUACAAAAAUACAGCACGAUACCGCCUAAGAAAUUAAUUGUAAGUAAACUAAUUGAUACCGUUGUUGCUGGGAACUCAAUCAGUAAACAGCAAAUAGACGAUAGCGUAACUAAAUAAUAUAAAUUGGUCAAUCGGUCUUCCAAUGCUUUAUAAAAAUCAGCAGGAGCUAAAAAUGACAUCAAGGAAGAAACUCCAAGCAUAAACAUUGUUUGUAGAGCAGCAGUCGUACAAAUCCUAGUUCCAAAGAAUGUCAACGGUAGUCCAAGAGCUGAAGAGUGCAAAAACCAGGUAAUAAUUUUGAUUAAGUUGUUUUCUGGGCAAUAAGGUAUGAAUUCUAAUAAUGUCGUUAAUAUGCUCAAUAGAACAAUGAUGCCAAUAAUUACUUCAUAGGGGUAGCAGCUUAUUGUAUCUAAUAAUUUUGAACACGACAGCGCAUAAGCAAAACUGAUAAAGUUCAAUAUGUACGAGGAAAUGAGGUGAAAAUAAGUAAGAACUAAUUUCUGUGUUGAUUCCGUCGACCAGUUUUUAAGUCUGUAUAUGGUGCCUUUCUUCUCCACUCUUAUCCAGAAUAUUAAGCAUGCUAUACUAGCAACAAUGCCAGUGCUUGUUACAAUUUUUCCUGUUCCCCAUAUCAGUGCUUUAGUUGCAUCCAUCUUGUUUAGUAAUUCCUUCUUACAAUUAAUUUAUAAACUUCAAAUUUAGUUAUUUACUACAUAUUUCAUUUAGCACACUGAAUUUUGUUUGGUACUUUUUGUUUGGUAUGAGCGUUGUGUGUGUAGAAUUACCAAAGCAACAUGUGGUGUAUUCAUUUCUUUACAGUUGAUUGGCUUGCUUUAGUUAUAUUUGUUUUUUGAUAGCGCUAUAGGGUUAUCUCCAGUAUUAACCCUCAACAUUCAAAGUGCAUAAUUAGGUUACAAUACAACAGUACCAUUUAUUAGAUUUCACGAAAAAAAUUACUGAACAUGGGAUUCACUAAAGGAGAUGAGGAAAAAGGUAAAAAAGUAUUUCUUCAGAAAUGUUCCCAGUGCCACACUACAGAAAAAGAUGGUAAAAAUAAAGUUGGACCGAAUUUGUUUGGUAUAAUAGGAAGAAAGUCAGGAACAGUUGCAGGGUUUUCAUAUUCCGAUGCCAACAAAAGUAAGGGUGUUACUUGGACUGAAGAAGUAUUGUUUGAAUAUCUCGAGAACCCGAAAAAAUAUAUACCAGGCACCAAAAUGGUUUUUGCCGGUUUGAAAAAACCAGAGGAAAGAAAUGAUGUUAUUACUUACCUGCAGACACUUAAAUAAAUAGUGUGGUUUGUUUCACUAUUGAAUAAAUACUAUUUUGUAUUAUAUUUAAAUUAAAGUUUUACAAUAAUCUUAUUUAUAUAAAAAAUAAAAAUAAAAAAUAAAUUUAGUAUUAUAUAAUUGUUAAAUUAAUAACCUAUAUAAAUUAAUUAGUGCUAUAAAAUUUGUUGAGGUUUCUACAGGAUCUUAAAUUUUAGAGGAGGGCACAUUUUUACGGGGUUAUGAAUUUUUGAAGAGAACCAUAUUUUUUUGAGAUUUCAAUUUGGAGGAACUUUCAAACCAUUUAAGAAGAGGGAAAGCAAAACAUAUAAGUGUAAUUGUAUAAAAUGUAUUUUUUUGUUAUUAUACUUUCUGUUGCACUGUUUCUAAGAACAUGAUGGAAAUAAAAUAUUCUAGAAGGAGUGCUAGGGGCGUAUUUAACUCUAGUAUUAAAUUAAAGGAGAAGCAGGGAAGAAAAGAAAAAAAAAGUUACAAAAUUGAAGAAACACUUAAUUAAUGAAAGAUGAGCAAAAAGCGAAGUGAAACAAUUCUCAAAUAUUUCACAAACUUUUAAAUUUGAUAUGGUCAUCAAUGGAAGGAAAAAUUUUAUUCA